AUGAUACGACCAACGUCAGAUGCUAUAGUCGAGGCGGUAUUCAAGCAGUACACAUCGCUCAGGUUCAAGCCACCACCUCGUCAAUUUACGAUCCUUGCUGCUUUUAUCCUAUCAGAUGACAACGCGAGCUUGAAGGUCAUCUCCUUGGGUACAGGCUCCAAGUGUCUACCUGGCAUACGCUUGGAAAAUGGUGGAAAUGUGGUGCACGACAGCCAUGCAGAAGUUUUGGCUCGGAGAUGCGCCAUUCGUUGGUUCUUAGAGGAAAUUAAGAGACCAGGUUCACGAGCAGGAUCUUCGUGGGUCCGCGAGCAGCCGGGUGGUAAAUUCGCCCUCGCGCCACAUAUUUCAAUGCACCUUUAUGUCUCUACUCUCCCAUGCGGCGACGCGUCUACUCGCCAUCUAGCUGCUUUCCAGGACGAGGAGAUGGCAGUUCUCAAAAACUCCGGUGCAUUUCCAAAUCUUCCUCCUGGUUCAGCUGCGAGAGGAAGAGAUAAUUAUUCUUUGUACGGUGUGCUCCGUAGCAAACCCGGUCGCGCCGACUCGCCACCAACCCUGUCCAUGUCCUGCAGUGACAAGAUUGCAAGCUGGAAUGUAUUGGGUAUACAGGGAGCUCUAGCAUCGCGCUAUCUCCGUCCCGUAUACAUUGACUCGAUCGUUAUUGGCGAAGUGGAUGAAGCCAUGCGGCCGCAAAUCCAGGAAGACUGUGACAGAGCCUUCUGGUCAAGAUUAAACCUCGUAGACUCUCAUCAACUGCCCGCUGGCUACGCGCUGAAGCACCCAGAGAUUCGUUUUACGUCGCUGGACUUCGUGCAUUCCAAGAAGUCUCUCGCAGACGCAAAAACGUCUUGCAAUGAUUCUCUGUGCUGGAUUGCAGAUACCCCGAAAUUUGAGGCUCUCAUCAACGGUCUUAGGCGUGGUAUAUCGCCGAAGAACCGUCACAAUGCCAAAUUCUGGCCCCUUGUCUCCAAGAUUUCUUUGUUCAAGCUGUGUCAGAGCCUCGACGAGAAGCUGCAACCGCCUUCUGUGCUCUCUCUCAUAGGCGUAACCUAUCGUAGCGCGAAGAACAACUCGGAAGCUUACCAAAUGGCGAAGGACAUUCUGAGAAGGUCUCAGGGUCCCUUCGCCGGUUGGAUCAGGAGCGGCGUACAACACGAGAACUUUGAUGCGGAUGGCAACGUUUUUGAAUAUACACCAUAG